UCCAGUCCGUCAAGAACCAGCAUCGAUAUCUGCUCGGACCUUGGAGGGUUACAUUUACCCAAAACUUCUUUUCCAAUGGGCCCCGUCGCCUAGCGUUUCCUCCGCCAGCCUCGCCGACUGAGUUGAAUUGGUGCUCCUGAACAUCGGCACGUCUGGGCCACUAAAAGGUUUCCAUCAAGCACAGCGUACAACGACCAACAGUAGAAUGGCGGCCAUUCCAGCGGGCGGUUCUCUCGUGGCGACCACUGACUACUACCGAAGGCGCAUCGGCUCUACGUCCAGCAGCAGCUCUUGCGGCAGUUCGGAGUACAGCGGAGAGGUCAUCCCUCACCAUCCAGGACUCCCCAAGCAGGACUCUGGCCAUUGGUGGUCCAGUUUCUUCUUUGGGAAGCAGCCAGGGAUGACCCCACUGACUGAGGAGGCGCAGCAGAAGGCGGGGGUCCCAGGUGCGGUGACCAACGGUCAGAUCACCUGCGUUGCCAGGGAGAUGGUGAUGCAACGGCAGGUGAGUGAGAGCAGCGAUGCAGGAAGCCCCACCUCGUCCUGAUCCUGCAGUCUCACUCCGAUCCACACCGCACUUCGGGGGGGGGGCAUCCGACCAAUGACCAACGCUAGGUGACGGGAGGAUAUCCCGUUGACAACCGUGUUAUUUUUUUUUUAUUAUUCUUCAUCGUAGGAUAGGCUGCCUUACUUGUUCUUGUUUUGGUAACCUUGUGUGUUUUUUAUUGACAACCAAGAAAAAAAAAAAAAGAUGCAACUGAGAAGCUGUUUUUUUUUAACAUUUGUAUUGUUCAGUGUUUGUCAUACUGUGGUGCAUUCACACCCACAUGCCUUCGUUAAACAUUCUUCACUUUUGUCACCCUGUGAUUGCAGAUGCAAUAAAGUAGACUCCUGCAGCCUAAA